AGUAGUUAUUUAGUGACUUUUGAAUAUCAAUAAUAAGAGGAAAAAAAACAUGACACACUAUAUUAUUAAAUUAAAAACUCUUAAAAUCACCAAAAUGUAAAAAAGUAAAAUCAGAUUAAAUGGCCAAAGCUACAGUAUCUGUCCUCCGUAAAGUAGGGUGUAGUUUCUUACAGCAUACACCAGAGGGCAGUCCCUUUUCGAUUUUCUAAAAAUACCAUUUACUGCUCGUGCGCUCCCGUUCCUUUAGAAAUCCAUUAUCCGAGUUUUCAUCCAUCUUGUACUUUCCAUGUUUAUAAACAGUGGGUAGAGAUAAAAAAAGGAGAAAAAUGUGUUGGGGAGGGGGGUGAGAGAGGAGGGAGGGAGGGAGGGAGUACAAUCCUCGGUCUGAAACCGUGUGCUCCGGGAUUUCAGAUCUACUGCAGUCGAGCUCCAGAUAAAUGAAUACAUCGUUAGUGUUUGCCGAGAUCUCCGUAGAUAAUGUACACUGUGUUUGACAGACACGUCUUCAGUGUAUAUUUACAUGUCUUUACGUUUCUGAAAUAUAUUUAAAAUCUAAAAAAACAAAACAAAACCUGAAUCUAAUUCAAAUAUACUGUAAUCGGCCACUCAGUGAAACAUUUCAACACAGUAAAACGUCUCCUGGGAAAAAAACAAAACAAAAACAUAUUUCCUGGUGUGACGACAAAACUGUAGCCUAUCACCCGUUGUGUCCAGAUGUUGCGUUCAGGAAGCAAAUGCAGCUGCGAGGUCACGUGGAGCAACUUUGUUGCUAAGAAGAGAUUUAUUUUCCCCUUUAAGGGAAUUGAACUGACUUUACUUGAAAUGCUGUAAAUUAAACUAUUUUCUGAGGGUAAAAGAGCCAGAGGUGGAAUUAUGUAGUGAAAUUGCGGAAUUUAUUUCGGUGGUGAAAUAUUAAAAAUGUUGAUGAUUACAGACGUGUUUGGACGUGUGUUGAGGACAGACAUGAAUAUCAUAUAUAACAGACAGGAGGCAAACAUCCACCGACAUGUCCAUAUAUAUGUAUACAUUACGUUUAUGCUUGAUUUACUUUACUGUUUUAUUGUGAUCUGAUACUUUUGUGUUUUCUUGUUGCUGACGAGGGCCCGAGAAUUCACUGUCACACACGACUAUUUUAAAAUCACCGCAGUGCACCUCACGACAGCUGGGCGGCAAAACCGUGGGCCCGUGAACGCGGCACCAGUCCGGUUCCUGCCGGAAAUCCGCUUCGCUUCUUGCGUCGUCCCGGACUCCAUGUUGUUCCGACAGCCACGGAGCUAACAAGUGCCCCGGCCGAAAACUCACGUUGCAACUCUGUGUGUGUGUGUAAGAAGUUUGUUGUGUGUGUGCGCGUGAGUACUGACCCUCGGAUAGAAGAUGGCAGACUACCGGGAUGACACCGGAGCUCGAGCCCUGCUUGCUCUGCAGUCAGCCCCGUGCAGCCCCGUGCGCGUCGCGGUGACCUCGCACCACUACCACCAGUCCUCGUUCGCCCUCCAGCCUCCGUCGGUGAUAGAAGCCCGCACCGACGGGAGUCUUCUACCAGUCCGCCUCGCCACGACUCUGUCAAAGGCCCUUGCUCGACUGGAGGGCCGGGACUUUGAGUAUGUCAUGCGUCAGAGGACGGUUACCAUAGGCCGGAACUCGUCACACGGCUCCGUGGACAUCAACAUGGGCCACUCGAGCUUCAUUUCACGGCGACACCUGCAGGUCAUCUACGACGACGAUAUCGGCUUCUCCCUCCGGUGCUUGGGCAAGAACGGUGUGUUCGUUGACGGUGUUUUCCAACGAAGAGGUGCGCCGCCGCUGCCGCUGCCCAGAGAGUGUGUGUUUCGUUUUCCCAGUACCGUCAUCAAAAUCCAGUUUAUGUCACUCCUGGAGGCAGAGGAGCAGAGGGAGCGAGAGCUUCCUUCUCCUCCCCGUCGACCUCUUCUCCCCCAAAUUUCCCCUCUUAAAAUCAGCAUUCCCACCAUGCAGCAGCAUGAAGAACACAUCAGGGCGUUUGAUUCCCCCAUGCCUUCACCCACUGGCACCCUCAGCGUUCCAAACUCUUGUCCGGCCAGUCCGCGCGGGGCGGGCUCGUCGGGGUAUCGCUAUGGCCGUAAUGUGACCUCUGACCUCCAGCUGGCUGCCGAAUACGCCGCCAAGGCCGUCACCGAGCAGAGAAGAAGCCUUGUGGAUCAGAGGGGCGGGGGGAAUGAGCAGCGGGGGGACUCAGCGGGGGGAGACAGCCCCAAGGACGACUCCAAGCCGCCGUAUUCCUACGCACAGCUGAUCGUGCAGGCGAUCUCCUCUGCCCCGGACAAACAGCUGACACUAAGUGGCAUCUAUGCCCACAUCACCAAACACUACCCCUACUAUCGCACUGCAGACAAAGGCUGGCAGAAUUCAAUCCGACACAAUCUGUCGCUCAACCGAUAUUUCCUGAAAGUGGCUCGCUCCCAGGAUGAGCCGGGGAAGGGCAGCUUCUGGAGAGUGGAUUCUGCCUCUGAGAGCAAACUGGUGGAGCAAGCCUUCAGGAAACGACGGCAAAGGGGUGUGGCUUGCUUCAGGACGCCGUUCGGACCGCUGUCCUCCAGGAGUGCCCCCGCCUCCCCGACGCACCAGGGCCUUCUGUCUCCUUCAUCCAGUGGACUCCAAACUCCAGAGUGUCUGAGCAGAGAGGGUUCUCCCAUCCCUCAUGACCACCACGAACAGCUGGCAAAGAAACUGGCAUCAGUCCCUGAGUAUCGGUACUCUCAGAGCGCCCCAGGUUCACCAGUCAGUGCUCAGCCUGUCAUCAUGGCUGCUCCACCUCAACCCACAAUCCUGCCCCCGGGGGCAGGAAAAGCCCUGGCUCUGGUCCCCGGGGCCAUGGGCCCGGUCCAGCCCAUCCACCUCCUCCAGAGCUCCUCUCAGCCUGCUGUCACCAUGAUGCGGCUGGUCACCAGUGUCUCUCCACUUUCCAAUCCUCCAAAUGGUUACAGCGCCCCCACUGUUGGAGGAGCAGAAGGCAACAGUGAACCCAGAGAAGCUCAGCUGAUCAGAGAGGGCGUGAUCCAGUCUGUGGACAGUGCCGUUCAGGGUGGAGAUGGGUGGAGCCUGGCGCCAGCUAUACAUCAACUUCCUGUUCGCCCUAUCACUCAAAAUGGCAAGCAUGCCACUGCUGUUGUUGCCACGGCGACCAGUCUGGCUAAUUCACCUGGACUGAACAGCGCCCUCCAGAUCCUAGCGGCUCAAGCCUCCAGCUCUCCUCCGGUGCUCGUGAGCCGACAGCCAAGUGCAGAAUCAGCCGAGCCAGCGGGCGGACCCCAGGCCAAGAGGCCGAAGCUGGACGACGAGGCUGAAACUGAAUCUGCUCCACAACAGGUUACAUCUGCCCAGCAACCCGUCAUCGUGACCUACACGUCACAAAGCCACGACCCCAGGAAGUAAAACCCAGGACCUUCUUACCAGGUACCAACCACAGGACAGCCUCCAUUACUGUUUUCACCUUUUAGUACAAAUUUGAACGUGACUGCAGCCAACCAAGCCAAAAAACUGUCGCUGAAGGGAAUCAAAACGUAUGAACUUGUAUUUUCGGUCAAGAAGUGACAAAAAAAAACGUUUGAAACUUAUUCUGAAUUUGAAAUCAGGUAAAAAUGUUUCAGGGUGUUUUCUAUUUCACUCUCUUGUUUUGCUAAUUGUCUCUUACCGGCCACAGGGCUAAAAGUUAUGCACAAUCAAAUCAUUUCAGCGUCACCUUUGCGCGUGUGGACGGUGGAGAUCUCAGACACAGGUUGUCUUGUUGUUGACGGAUGAGAUUGAUUGGUUAUUUCCGCUCUUAGCACCAAAGCCCUCUCCUCUCCUGCACCGUCGCGUCACAGGUUCAGAGACGUCGCUGGUCUGUAGUUAUAGAUGAAGGAACUGAGGGUUUCAGUCAGACUGUGGUCCUCAGGAGGCCGCCCUGGGUGGGUGGGUGUGGGUGUGAACCUCUGCUGUUCAACACAGGAACUGCAGCGUCAGCCGGAGGUGU